GUAGGACCCGGACAAGACUUAGAGUAUGUCUUCCAUUCAAGAUUGGAAAAUCCUGCUUCUGGAUUUAUAUAAUAUUGUCACUAAUUUUAAUCAUUUAAUUCUAAACUUAAUGUUUAUUUUGUUCAUUGAAAUACUUUAAGUCCAUUCGAUUUUCGAAAAGCAAUCGGGAAUAAGAUUUGAGAAGUUGUUUCGUUUAUUUUUAUAUUACUCACUGUCCAAGUCCGCGAGUAUGGCCUCAUUUGCGACAUCGAGACUUCUGGUGAGACAUUUUCGUAGUUGUGUCGUUGUAUCUUGAUGAUAGUUAUCGAGAUCCUGCAAUGCCGUUUCCACGACCAUGGGAAGUUUCUCGAUUCCAGUUCUUGCGGCUUCGUUGGAGACCAUCAUGGUGACCAUGCACGACCUGUGGAAAUUGUAUCGAAGGUUGUAUCGUUCGAUGGUGAAACGUUAAGAGCCUAUCUACUAGCUCGAGUCUGCUACAGCUAAAUUGCUUCUCCUUCCUUCCUUGGUCCUCUCUUCGUUUUUCUCUCUAUGUUUCUCUUCUACUAGUACUUACUUCCUUUCGUAAGAGAAAAAUUGAAUGCCCGGCGAGAAAACUUGGUUAAAUCGAAAACUUUCGUACGUGGAGAUAUACUCCUAUCGUGUUGGAACAGACCCGAAAUUGAUUCGGGAUAUAUAACCAUAGAUAGAGAUAUUGAUCGAUGUUCCUUGUUUCAGUAGAUAGCAUAAAAUUACACAUAAGUAUCCUUUUUAUAAAUCGUAGAAUUAUAGUUAUGUCCUAUAUAUGUAGAUAAAGAAGGCAAAUACAAAGAGAGAAAAAGAGAGAGAAAGAGAGAUAAUGUAAAGGAUAGAAUAGAUGCAGAUGGAUGAAAUUUAUUUGAAUCCAUUCCUCUUCAUUGAUUGCAGAUUUGCUGAGAGAAUAGAGUAAGAGAGAAGGGAUCGAGAGAAAUUCGUUUCCAUAAAGGAUGACGAACUCUCUCUCUCUUUCUCUCUCUCCCUCUUCCAGGAUAUCUUUAAAAUGAAUAUGGUUCCUUCAACGUACCCGAGUACGAAGACAAAAGCUGCAAGAAGAAAUGCGAGGACCUCCGGAUGCCGGCAGGGUUUGUAAUCCUCUCUAAUUGGACGACAAGCGAACCAGAGUUCUGUGCCAGGUACUAUGCAGGCCAUGAUGCAGCAGACACCGACUGUUGCUAAGAAUAUCGCCUCGAUGUGCAUCGACUGCAAUCAUCGUUAAAAUCAUCAUCAACGUAAGAGAUAAUACCGGAAACAAAAUAAGAAGAUGCUAAGAUUUUCUUUCAAAGACUAUCUAAAUUGACAAUAAUAUAUUAGCACUGUUCUUUAGGAAUAGGCAGUAGUUUCCUAAAGAACUUGCUAUUAUAUGGGUUGAAGGUCGAGCUUGUUUAUGAUCUUAAUUAAAGGAAAACAUCGGAGGGAACCUCGUUUUGAGCGAAUAGAAAAGGGAACAUGUUCCUUUUUCUUUAUCUCUAAUGAUCGAAGGGUCGUUCCGUUGAUAGGAAAGUGUGUCAGAGACACGAGCUUCACGAAGAUCGUUUCAAACUUGAAAAAAGAAAAGAAGCAAGUAAAGAAAGAAAGAAAGAAAGAAAGAAAGAAGGAAAGAUAAGGAUAUACGUAGCGCAAAGGAUGGCCACGAAAGGAACGCGUGGGCGUAUGAAUUUUGGCACCGACGAGAUCAUGUCAGUGUGGUAUCGUUAAGAGAGAGGAGAAGAGAGGAGAAAGGAGGAGAGGAAAGUAGAGAGAGAGAGAGAGAGAGAGAGAGAGAGAGAGGAGAGAUAGGAGAACGGCUGCUCUUUCGGGUGCAGCGCGAGAGUCGGCCAGUCAGUGCGUCGUCAGCCUCCGCGUCGUCGCGACGCUUGUCCUUCUUUGUCCCUUCGUCUUUCUCGUGUCGUCAUCUUUUACCCUCUCUCUCUCUCUCUCUCUCUCUCUCUCUCUCUUUUUCUUUCUCUCUCUCUCUCUCUCUCUCUCACUCUUUCCCUUAUCUCUUUGUUUUUUCUUCAAGUUUGAUUUCAAUCGAAAAACGAUACAGAUGUUGUUGUCUUUCAUGUCCCAGUGAUAUAAAAAAAAAAAAAAAAAAAAAAAAGAAUAAGGAUUUUUCUUCGUUCGAUCCAUCGAUCCAUCCUUUAUAUUCUUCCUAUCUUUUUUCUCUUUUUUUUCAUUAUUUAUUUUUUCGGUGAAAUGCGUCACGAUUCGCGAACAACGGAGGAGGAAGGAAUGAGAAGAAGGAGAUCAAGUGGAAGGAGAUAAAGGAUUUUGAAAUUGUUAGAUCCUCUAUGUGCGUGUGAUCGAUCGAGAAGUAUGGAUUUUUGAAGCUUAAAAGCUGUGCGUGGAUAGAAGAAACGAAAGGGGGAGGAAGACAGAGAAAGAAAGAAAGAGAGACGAAGAGAGUGAGAGAGAGAGAGAGAGGGGGAAUAAGACAAAAAAAGUAGGAGGAGGGAGGAGAAAGGCUUCCAUGAACGUCGCUCAUAACUUUUUUCUUAUUCGUUGGAUCCCCCUGCAGGAUUUGCUUAUGAGCUUUGGGAAGUACGGAUACUGUGUUCGUCCAAGCAGAAUUCAACAAAUUUUCGAGAGACAAGAAGAACUAUUGGAUAGAUUCGGAUAGGAUUGAAAGGAUACCAUUAGAGAGAGAGAGAAAGAGAGAGAGAGAGAGAGAGAGAGAGAGAGAAAAAAAAAUUCCAAAAGAUCUUCUGACUGCCGGAAGUUGUUCCGUCUUUUGUGGACCAGCCAAACUCUACGGUCUCUCUUCUCUUCAAGGGGUACGUGCCAAGAUUCGGUAAAAGCAACGCUUCAAGAGCUUCGAACUUUUACAGCCGCGACCUUGAGUGUCAUACUCGAAAAAAAUCAUCAUUAUUCGUGAGAGAAUUUAAGAAUGAUUGAACGCUCAAUAUUUGCCAUGAUGACAAUAGAAAAUUGCGUGACGAUGUACAUAUUAACGAGACGAGAUCCAUCUAUUUAAUCCGGCAAAGAGAAAAUUUCCUUGGAGAGAAAACCCGUCGUCGUCAAAGGAAUUAUUAUCUCGGAAUACUUUCAACGAUCCGUUACUUCCUUUUGGGAUAAAGUUUAUUUCACCGAACGUUAUACUUACGAAAAAUAUAACGGGAUUCGAAAAAUAUUCAAAGAGAAAGAUAAAAGAGAUAAAGAGGGAUAGAUAAAGAUGGAGACAGAAAGAGAGAUGUGUUCGUGCUAGUCACGUUGGGUUCUCUUUCUAAAGCACCUUCGAUGGAUCGCCAGUCGAUCAACGAAUUAUUCGCGCGAGCGAUAACCACUACUCCUUCGGGCUAUCAGUUUUCGAUUAAGGAUAUUCCUUUGUUCGAACGAUUCAACGAGAAAGGAGAAUUCGUUGAAGCUGAAGAACUUGAUCGACGACGUUGCACGUGACGGUCGCUUUGCAGUGUUAAUGUACGCGAGUACGUUCCCGUUAGAGAGUAUUUUCGCUUUCAAAGUUUUUAGAUAUAUUUUUUCUCUCCGAGUUACAUCUAUAGAAGCGCGCACGCGCUCGUUCUGUUUAACAUCCAUUCAAUGGUAUUGAAUCGUAUGCGCAGAGUAUUCUAUCUAUUGAGAGGCGAGAAAGGGUAGAGGAGAAGGAGAAGGAGAACGAGGAGGAGGAAAUGAAUUCAUUGUACUAUCGGAGCAGGAUGCAAGGGCAACGGGAAGUGCAUGAGAGCGCGCAAAAAUGGAGUGCAAUUCGGUCGAAUCGAAUUGGUGCCUCGUGAGUUACGAUCGACGCUCCCGAAUUCCUCCAUCGUCGAAGAUACUCGCGAGCGUCAUCGAAGAAGACGAUGCACGGGAGCGUUGACGAUUAUCAAAGGUCCGGCUCAACCGGACUAUCCACUUGAAAUUGCAGAGACUACCCUGAUGAAAGGGAUAGAAGACGUUGGAGAAGGACAAGUGUCUCGCAUAGAACUAGGAAGAAAGAUUUUCGUUUUUUUGAAGAGCAACCAGUCGAAAGCCGUCGUGGAAAGGCGAGCACCUGUCGGCGAAUGUGGUGGUGGUGGUGGUGGUGGGAGGAUGGAACACAAACAAACAAUUCUGCUGGCGCCGGCACUCAGCAACAGUAGUUGCUGGCGAGCCGGCAACUCCGAAGCGAUCUGGACCGGGCCAGGAUUCGGGGAAUUGUUACGAGCAACUCUGAUCUUGGUACUCAGCCUUGGUAUACUUUUUGCUAACCUACUCGUUAUUUGCGUCAUCAAUAGCAGGCGAUAUAGCAAAUACAUUCACGCACAGCCAAGAUAUCUGCUGACGAGUCUAGCGAGCAAUGACCUCGCCAUCGGUCUCUUGGUGACUCCCUUUGGCUUUUUACCGGCGGUUUACGGAUGCUGGCCUUACGGUGAAGUCGUCUGUCAAAUUCAGGCACUCCUCAGAGGCGCUCUAACCCAACAAAGUGCGGUCAUACUAGUCUGCAUGGCAAUCGACCGUUACGUAUGCAUGUUGCAUCCUCAUCGUUAUCACAGGCAUUCUUCUAAAAAGUAUUACAUGCGGCAGGGUUGUGUGGCAGUGAUGUCAACCACUUGGAUAGCAAGCCUGGCGAUUUUCGGCGCUUUGGUUCUCCCAAGGGGUGGCUACUACUUCAAUGGCUCUGGCCUUCUCGCCUGCGAUCCUUUCUUCGCUAGAGCCUCCCUUAGAAUUCUCGCAUGUUGCUGUUUCUACUUUCCAACGACAAUGGUGUUGAUGUACUGUUAUGGCUCAGCGUUCCACGUUAAUAAACUACGCUUGAAGAGGGUGGUCUGCGUUAACACGCCGGAGAUCGUUAGCGGUGGUCACAUAGAGAGGCUCGUCGCUCAUGAAAGAAGAUUGUCGACCACGGCGUCGCGAACAAUGGCCGCGAUGAGCUUAGGAUUCAUCGUAAUGGUCACGCCUUGGACGAUUCAGGAAGUCGUUGCAGCUUGCACCGGAAGCAAGCCUCCGCCGUUCCUUGACUUUCUUGCCACUUGGUUAGCACUUUCCAACAGUUUCUGGAAUCCAUUUCUUUACUGGUUGCUCAACAAUCACUUCCGACGAAUAUCGAGAGAAUUACUUUACACGAAGCUUCUUUGCAGAUCAAAGCCAUUGGGACCGAAACAGCAUUGUUGUGCUACUAGUACCGGUGGCCUUGACGUAUGCAGUAUCAGUGGAGUAGAUUUGUCGGGAUUGGAACGUUGUUCAAUGGAUCGAUGUUCUAUGGCGAGAUGUUCGUCCUCGUCUUUGGCCAAUAAUCCAUCGCCACUUCCAUGGGAAACCGGACAUAUGAUAAGGGGUGACGUUACGCCCACGUGAGGAAGGGAUGCCGCCACGCAAACAGACGAUCCUGGAUCACCGGAUCACAUCAGUUAGUAUCGCGUGGCGGCAGGAUUUCAACUGCUGAUCCAGGGACAAGAAAGACGAAGAAGAUUCUACGAUGGCGAAUAUUCUUCGAUCUGGCCGACGGUUUUUGUCCCAUCGUUAGGAGAGAGUUCCCAUCAAGACAGAUCUACUUCUAUUUCUUCUUAUCACGAGAACAAUGGGACGAUCGAAAGCUCGAAGACUCGCCAACAUUCGCAACGAGAGAGACGCGUCAAAUAUGCGAGCUUUCUCAGCUUACCCGAUCUUGUGCCGGACGAAUUUUAGAAAUGACGGAAAAUCAAACAAUUUUAUCAUAGAAACUAAAAAUAUGUUCUUCUUAUUUUUGAACAAAGAGAAUGUAGGUCAGAAUUUAUCGGAUAAAAAUAUAUAUAUAUAUAUAUAUAUAUAUAUAUAUAUAUAUAUUCGAAGGAAAUUCUCGUUCUGUUUAUCUUCUUUUUUUUUCUUUUUUUUCUCUUCCAAAAGAGGAGAAAACGUAGAAGAAGAUUUUAUGUCGGACGAAUGUUAAACGAAUCUUUCAUUUAUUCUUUCUUCUUCUUCUUCUUCUUCUUCUUUCUUUUUUUUAUUUUUCUUAUUUUUUUGAUUUUUCUUUUUUUUUUUUUUUUUCCUUUAAUUUUACAAAGGAGAACGUAGAAUAACAUCAUUUGCCAGAGAGAAAUGAUAGAACAUCUUUCAUUUUCCUUUACUUUCGCGAAGAGAGAAGGGGGGGACCGAGGGUAUGCAGGAUAGAGAAAAAAAAUUCGAAGGAAGUUCUCGUUUCUUCUUUUUUUUCUUUUUUUUUUUUUUUUUUUUUUUUUUGUUGUUGUCAUUACUCCUCAAAGUAGAAGAAGAUCUUUUGUCAGGACGAAUUUUAAGAAAAUUACGAAGAGAUUAAUGAUCUUAUAAAAAAAAAAAAAAAAAAAAAAAAAAAAUAAAAUAAAAUAAAAAAAAAUAAAAAUAAAAAAAUACAAAACAAAAAAAGAAUAAAAAAGGAAAGAAAGAAAACAAAAAAAAAAAGAACAAAACGAAGAGAGAGUUUUAUUUUUCUGUUCUUUUCGUUUUUUUUUUUUUUUGAGAACUAGAAUAUAGGACAAAUCGAGUGACAAAGUUCGCAGAUAAUUUUCCUUACUUUUUCUUUCUUCUUUAUUUCUUUUUUUUUUUUCUUUUUCUUUUUAGCGAUGGAAUCACUUACGAUAGAAAUAUUUACUUUUCUUUCUUUUUUUUUUUUGUUUUUCUUUAUUUCUUUCUUAUUUUUAUGAAGAAUGAGAACGUAGGACAAGAUCGGGUCCGCGGUGCCUGAACGAAGUACGGAGAGAUCACGACGAUAAUAAUUGUCGAAAUAAGUCUCUCUCUCUCUCUCUCUCUCUCUCUCUUUAUUUAUAUUAUGAAUCUCUCUCGUGGAAGGAAUUAUAAAACGCACAAUGUACAUUUCUUCGAGUAUGUAUAAUAUUAAAAAAUGCAACGGAGAACAACGUUGUAAUUAGUAAAUCGUAAUUCGUAAUACUAUGCAAUCUCAUGUCUUAAAUGAGUCAUCGAGGCCAUUUAAAAAGCAGUCUUCAAGUUACUAAUCAAUGUAAAUCGUUUGUGGAAAUCAUUUUUUAGGAAAUAAUAAAGAAUCCUAUGGAAGUA